AUGUUAGAAAAAAAGUUUGCUGACAUUGACAAGAAAUUUGAGAAUGUUUUAAACAAGAACAAGAGGAAGUUAGAAAAUGCUCAGAUAAAACCCAUACAUGACAAGUUCCUAUUUGCUCAGAAUGGUAUAACAGGUCUAAUCGCACCACCUGGGUCGGGUAAGACUUUCACUUAUCUUAAAAUGGCUGCACAACAACAAGAACUAGAUGAGAAGAACCCAUUCUAUGAGUUAGUUGUUAUUUGUAGUACUUCUGGUCAAUUCGAUCAAACCGUCAAUUCGUUCAAAGAUAUUAUAAAGAAGUCUAAGUUAGUAUGUAUAAAAGACUCUGAGUUGUUGGAUUGGAUAAAGAAGUACCAAAGAAGAGUUUUGAAGUACAAUGCUAUAAAUGAGUAUGUCAAUUCUAAGUUUAAAGACCCAAAUGAGGAAAUGCAGAGAAUAUUAGAGAAGAAACACUUCAGAAACAAACAGAAAGAGAUAGAAUACAUUUCGAAGAAAUUGCAAUCUUACGAUUGGAAGACUUACCCUCAUAGAUGUCUUCUUAUCUUAGAUGACUUUGCUUCUCAUCCUUUGUUAAAGAACAGAGAACAAGACAU